AUGGAGGAGCUGAUUCAAAGGUACCAGGUUGCUAGAGGGACUAGAAUAUUUCAACACAACGACACGGAAUAUAUGAAUGCUGAGCUGAGGAAAAUGAGGAGAGAAACUCACAGUCUGGAACUGAGCUUGCAACGCUACACUGGUGAGGACCUGAGCUGUGUGCGCUUUGAGGAUCUGGUGGAGCUUGAGCAACAGCUAGAGGAGUCUGUUAACAGGGUUCGAGCUCGCAAGUUUGAGGUCUUGCAACAGCAGAUAGACAAUCUUCGUGCAACGACCAAGAGGAGGGAGGAAGAAAAUGAGCAACUAUUCCAUCUGAUUCAGAUUAAGGCGCAUCAAGACGCAGCAUUUGGUCAUGAGCAGGCUCAUGAGGCAGAACAGGUGGAGAAUGUGCAGAUUCUACCAAAGUCUGAGGAACAUCGACACGUACUGGAUCAGUUCCCUUUUGGUGGUGAAGAACAACCAAGCAGUGUGCUUAAGCUUGCCAUGCCUCAGACUCAGUUCAACCCCUACUCUCUCCAGCCUCCUCAUCAGCCCAGCCUCCUCGAUUUCAAUCUCAGCGGCCGCUCUAUAUACGGCAAGGCAAGGCCUACUUCCUUUGGGCUCAGUCGUAGUUUAGCAAGGUCUACCCAAACAGUAAAACUUUGGUUUUUUGGUAAAUUAGGAGCAGUAAAAUUGAUGUGGGAUAAGAUCAGACACACUCUUACUAAUUACUAUACCAAAACAAUUCAAGAAUGCAAAAUUCCAAAAAUUUGCUCAAUCAGCCUUUUUACAACCAAGGUGUCUCCCACUACGCGCACAGCGUAUGUUAGCGCUGUGCGCCGAACCCACCCCCAACCCAAAGCAAUGCCUAUGGGUUUGAGUGAGCUCCGAUCCACCAAAACCAAGAAGACCACCAAACCCUCGUCACCUUCUUCAACCUCUCCCCAUGCCCACCAAACCCUAACCCUCCCUCAAUUCCUCUCCAUGGCGCGAAAAUCCUCGCUCCUCAAGCAGUCCCUAGCCACGAUCGUCGUCGUCCUCCUCAUCUACGCCUUCCUCAACACCUUCCUCACCCCCACCACCACUGCCAAGCUCGAGACCGCCCUCCCCUCCUUCUCUUCCGCUUCCUCGAUCUCCUCCGACGUGUUUGCUUCCCGAGAAAAUCAGCUUAAUUUUCCCGGGAAGCCCGUGAAAGUCUACCUAUACGACCUCCCCAAGCGGUUUACUUACGGAGUUAUCGAGCAUCACUCAUUGGCCCGCGGCGCCCGACCCGACGAAGACGUUUCCAAGCUCAAGUACCCGGGUCACCAGCACAUGGGCGAGUGGUACCUCUUCAAGGACCUGCUCAAACCCGAAUCGGAACGGUUCGGGUCGCCCGUUCAGAAGGUCUUGGAUCCGGAAGAGGCGGACUUCUUCUACGUCCCAUUCUUCUCGUCAUUGAGCCUGAUCGUCAACCCGGCCCGACCGGCUUCCGGGUCAGAUAAGCCGGUGUACAGUGACGAGGAGAACCAGGUGGCGUUGAUUGAGUGGCUGGAGGAGCAGGUGUAUUGGAAGAGGAAUAAUGGUCGAGACCACGUGAUCAUGGCCUCGGACCCCAAUGCUCUGUACAAAGUGAUCGACAAAGUCAAAAACAGUGUGUUGCUUGUUUGUGAUUUCGGGCGGUUGAAGGAGGACCAAGGAUCGCUUGUUAAGGACGUGAUUGUGCCUUACUCUCACCGCAUCAACACUUACAGCGGCGAUAUCAGUGUUGAGGACCGCAACACCUUGUUAUUCUUCAUGGGCAAUCGGUUCCGCAAAGAGGGGGGAAAGAUACGUGAUUUGCUUUUCCAAUUACUUGAAAAUGAGGAGGAUGUCAUAAUAAAACAUGGAACACAAUCCAGAGAGAGUCGACGGGCUGCUUCCCGUGGGAUGCAUACAUCAAAGUUCUGUUUAAAUCCUGCUGGUGAUACUCCAUCAGCCUGCAGACUUUUUGAUUCGAUAGUUAGCUUGUGUGUGCCUGUGAUAGUCAGUGAUAGCAUUGAGCUUCCAUUUGAAGAUGUUAUAGACUACAGAAAGAUAGCAAUAUUUGUAGAAUCCAAUGCAGCUUUAAAGCCAGAAUUCUUGGUCUCAAUGCUGAGAGGAAUCACAACUGAGAGAAUUCUGGAAUACCAGAAGGAGCUGAAUGAGGUGAAGCGUUAUUUCCAAUAUGGAGUACCGAACGGAACAGUGAAUGAAAUCUGGCGCCAGGUUGCACAGAAGCUCCCUUUUAUUAAACUGUCGAUCAACAGAGACAGACGACUUGUCAAGAGGGAUUUGAAUGUGCGAGACUGCUCUUGUCUCUGCUCAAAUCAGACUGGAAUUAUAACCAGCCUAUAA